AUGAACCGUCUUAGACACCUCCGGCGUUAUGCUCGUUUCAUGGCGGCUCAUGCCCUGGCAGCAUUCAUUGUCCGAUUCGUAAUGAGAUAUGCUUGUUCCUACGGUGUUUCCACAUGUCAUCGAGGAGGAACAACGAUUUUCGUACCAACAUCGACGGCGACAAGAGCUGCUGAGUUUAGAUGUGGUUUCGGGGUGCCCCGUCUGAAGCCCCCUGUUGAGUUGAAGUCCGUAUUCAGUAGCAGGGAGUGCAAUACUACUGUUUCGCUCAGAAGCCAGCUUCCCGGGGCAUCGCUGGUGGCCGCUGGAGAUGAUAAUGGCCCUUUUUAUAUUUUCAAAAUCAACGAAUGGCCAGCAGAAGACGCGCCAAAAGCAGUAUAUUACCAAUGUGCCCCUCUGAGUGCGGACGGGCCCCCGUGUACAGUCAAAAUUGGCAUCAACCGACCCCCUAGGCAGAGCUCGGAAAUAUCUGAUGAACCCGUGGCCGAACUUCGUCAGACUUAUACGGCGAUCCCGACGUGCUCCGAGAAUGGGACUUCUGUUUCGGUGCAUGUGUCAUCGAGGACAAGAAAAGGCUAUUUUCGGUGCGGAACAGAGCUUCCACUUCUCGAUCCGCCCGUUUCCGAGGAACUUGUUUAUACAACCCGGUCAUGCAGAGCUGCUGUACCUCUCGCUGUACAGGUGCCAACAAUGGCGUGUGCAUACAACCAACCUCAAAACCUAUACAUUCUGGCACUGAAACAACUACCGGCUGAGAACAAAACCGUAUAUUACAAGUGUGUAGAUUCCGGCAGCUCGGCUGCUUGUAAAGUCGUCGUUCAUAUCCCACCCAGCAUGCGUCCUCAGAGUCCAAGAGGACACUUGCCAUCCCAUAUUGGUGUCUGUGAUGAAAGUGGAACGACAACUACAGUGGACCUGUCCAGAAAAACAAAACGAGCACAGUUUGGAUGCGGAGGAGGAAUGUUUUUGCUGGACCCUCCGCUCAUGUCCGGCAAUAUCUACAUGACUCGAUCGUGCUCCAAACCCGUGCCCCUCCGGAGUCAGGUCUCUGGAUCCUUGCUCAUGUCACCUUCUGGUGGAAAUUUCUACGCUUUGGCACUUAAGAGUCUACCGCUGGACCGCCCACGAACAUUGUAUUACCGUUGUAUGUCUCCAGGGCGAGGCGAAAGCUGCACGGUUGCGAUUAAUGUCCCUACGGAUCCAACUGCAAACCAAAACGCUGUUCAGUACCGGGGUGUCCCGGUCUGUUCGAACAACGGCGCGACAAUAGUAUCCCAUGUCUCGCCAGAGACAAAAACUGCACAAUUCAAAUGCGACCCGGCAUUCUUCGAGCUGUAUCCUCCGCUCGAGUCAGGACAAGCAUACCCCAGCCGGGCUUGUGUGGCGCCCGCACCUUUAGGUGAUCUUGUUAGUGGAUCCUUGAGCGAAUCUGCAGGCGGUCACAAUCUCUAUACACUCCGACUAGACGGGUUGCCUGUAAGAGGCACUAAAGACGUGUACUUCAAGUGCAUGGCUCCCGACGGACGCGGCUCUUGCAAAGUACACAUUAAGAUACCUCGACGGGCCAGUUUCGGGAAGGUGCUGGAGCAACCAAGCAUCCACGUCUGUUAUCCGGGACCGGACGCUUCCAUACAAAUUCGCGCGUCAGCGUACAGCUCUUUUUACCUCAGGUGCGCGGCGGGACUUGCUUAUUCUCCCUCUGAAGAGACAGAAGUCUACGAUAAUUCGGACGGAGCCUGUCGCACUUCUGUGUCACUCGAUCGCCACGUGAAGGGUGCGGAGUUGACCAGGGUGCCACAAGUGAGGAGAACCGGGAGUACCUUCCUAUUUUCUGUUGAGCAGCUCCCAGAGGAGCAGAAGAAUCUGUGCUAUCUGUGUGGAUCAAAUUCGAAUCUGCGAACAGAAGAGUGCCGCAUACUUAUCACCGUGCCGUCGAGAAAUACUGCCCAGGUGCGAACUCGUGAACCACCAACCCCGCCGAGUUCCCUGGCAACAGAGAAGAGGCUCGACAGAGUUAUAGCCAUCAUGACUCUUCUGAGCAUUGGCAUCUUCAGUUUUUGA